GAGAGUGGUCGUGUUGGCAGUGCCAGUGUGGCGACUCAGUGCAACGAGAGGUCGUCAGCAACGCACUACGACACCUUCUGGUCAUUCUGUACGACUGCCGAGCAACUUCGUGCACCGCGGCAACGAGUGCAGCGAUUUGCACAAGUGUGGCAACUGGUGAAGCAGCAGCUCUCCGCCGGGUCUCGCGCGUAGUGCUGCAACGAAACCGGGCGACGCGCGCGCAAGAAGCACAUUCAUACUCCGGCCGACGCUCUCUCAUCGAAAAGACAACAAAGCUAGACGUCGCAACCAUGCGCAUGGCCAAGCGCCUCGUCUGCCUGCCCCUCGGCGCGAGCCCGCUGCUGCUGUCGAUGUACCACAAGCCCGGCUCGGCGCGGUUCGCGGUCACCGAGGGCCUGGACGCGGAGGCCGACGCCGUCGGGCCGGGUAUAUAUGGAGGCCGCGUCGAGCGCGACGAAUCGGGCGCCGUCGUCAUCGGCCAGCAGUUCGAGGAGUACAACCCGAUCCCCGGGCCGCUCUACGCCGGCGGCGGCUACACGGAGCUGGCGCAGGCCAUCCGCGAGGGCGAUGUGACGCGCGUCGCCCGGCUCCUCGACGACGAUCCGGAGUUGGUCAACGACGUGCUGACGGGCGCCGCGAGCCCGCUGCAUUUGUGUGGCAUGGCGCCGCGCGCUGGAGGCGCCGUCACACAACUACUCUGCGAGCGCGGCGCGAACCUGAACGCGCGCGACUCGUGGGGCUAUACACCGCUCCAGCGCGCGGCGACGAACGAUUGCGUCGACGCGGCGAAGGCGCUGCUCGCGGCCGGCGCGUCGCUCGAGAUCUCCAGCGGCCUCGACGGCGACGGCGACAACGCCUACGAGCUCGCGAAGCGCCUGCGCUCCUACGACUGCAUCUUCGCCUUCGACGACCACAUCGCGGCGGUGAACACGUGAGUUCGGCCCCCCAAGUUUAUCCCCCAAGUUUAUUUGUCU